AUGUUUCAGCUGUCGGCAGAGUACCUAGAGAGCUCUGAAGAGCGCUUUAAAGUGCAGGAAGAGCUGGAUGAAGCUGAAAUGGGUGCGUCCGACGUCACGUGGGAACCUCCAUGGAAUACUUAUCAAACACCCGUUAAUUCGGACUGGAAGCAAACGCAAUUAGAGCUCUGUGAGCUUGAGCACGGAGAUAUUUUUGGUCACCAAGGGAGGAUUACAAACGCUCCACGUCCAAGCAGCGGGAGCUUCUGCGAGCUGCCACUACACGACCAAAAUCAACCAAUACCAGGCGAACAAGUAUCGCUAUCAACUGUAUGGGGGUUGGAAGGGGGACAACGCCAACGCAACCGGUUGCGCUGGCACUGCGACGUGGAGAAUGUUUUUGUGCGUCAUCAUCCUGGGUUCCACCGCGCCAGCCUCGACAAGAAAAACAGCAGAUUCAUGGAAUAUCUUGCGCCAAGGCAGCGUUGA